AGCGAGGAGUACUUGCUAAAAGUAGGCAUAUUACAUUAUUUUCCAACAUAUUUCUAUAUUCAGAAUUUAGUAUUUAAAACAUUAAUCUCAUAACAUUAUGAAAUUAUAAAUACGGUCUAAAUGAAUAAAUGCCACAUCUAAAUGUCACUUCAUGCAGCUUCUGUGCAGUGCUGAGAUGAGUUUUGUUUAGAUCAUUUCAUGGAUAAUAAUAGCCAGUCAUUCAUUCACAUUAAGUAUUCAGAGAAUAAUAUUGUCUGUUUUCACUUACAUCUAUUUAUUUAUUAAAUUUUGAUUCAUUUUGUAGAAUUGAAUUAUAAAUUAAGCUGGUAUAGUAUUGUAAGACAUUUUUAUGGUAUCAUGACAAUAUUAUACACCACAUUCCUUGUUUCAGUUUAACCUAAUUCCCACAUUUCCUCCGUCGAGUUUAAUAUCUUGUUUGUUUGUUUGUUUGUUUGUUCAUUCAUUCAUUCAUUCAUUCAUACAUACAGCAGGCUAGGCUAGCGUCACUGGAAAAGACGCCUAGUUGGUACAACAGGGUCACAGAGCAUUUUCUUGAAAAGGAACGUAGGGCAGGAUUUGCGUAUAAAUAAAUGGACAAUUUUUAUGAUGAAGGCCGAAAAUGAGCUUCCCCUCUUUGAAAGACCAGCAGCUGCCACUGGUUUCAAUGUAAUGGCUACAUAUUCCCGUGUUUCCUUCACUCAGACAUUCAUGCUGAUUCUUUUAAAUGUUUGAGCAAGGAUAUAAAAUAUUAAGACUGUACUUUUUCAUUAUGAUUGAUAUUUUGGCGCAAUUUUGUGCAACGAAACCAUUGCCCAGCGAUUCCACCACGGUUCCUUAAUCUCAUCUUAUCCCUCAUCUUAAUACUUAUUAGCAGCAUUUUAUUUUUAAAAAAAGGCACUUUUAAGAGCCACAUUUGUCUUGUUACUUUCUCUACUGUUGUAUUGUUUUCUCUCUCUCUCUCUUGAGGUCUUACUGUCUCUCCUCCCUCCCCUUCCAGUGGUGUUUUUGUUUGUCUGUCUUGUAUUUUGUUUGUCCCUGUGUUGUUUAUAUUGUGUGCCGUGUCCGAUCCUGAGAUGGACCGUCACCUGAAGGAGAUUAGUGACCUUGUCGAUCAGGCUGCAUAUCAGGCUCACCUCCAAGCGCUUGAACAGCUCAUUAGCAUGCACCAGGAAGCAGAACCAUCCAUCAGUCAGCCUUCCAUCAGUCAUCUAUCCACCAGCCAGCCAUCAAACAACAAGCAAGAGGUUAGGUGGAUUAAGAGGGACAGUGAUGGAAACAUUAUUUACGGCAGGCCCAGAUCAUCCCGAAAACAAGGAGCAGGUCCCAGUCACAGCCAGAGUCGGAAGACAGGUGUCUCUCAUGUCAGGGCUCUGGAAACCAGUGGGGAAGUGACCAGUGACUUUCCUUCCGUUACUGCAGAGUCCUUCCUUCAAGAGCUUAAAUGCUCACUGGGUGAGGACAUACAUGAGGAUGAAACACCACCUCAAGCCUCAACAGACUGGUCGACUCGAAAGAGCCUCAUAUCAGGGUGGUGGGAGAAAGAGAGACCCCGACUGGUCAACACCAUGGUGGCUCGACAACAUGCGGCAACUCGGAUCUGCCAACAUUGUGGAAACGGUCCAGCCGUUAUCCGUUGUUGUGACUGCCGACCACACCCAUUCCUCUGUGGCCAGUGUGAUGUCAGGGUCCACCAAGGUCAAGUGUUUCACAACAGGGAUUCGAUGACACUUGCAUUUUUUCAUCCGUUGUCUCCCACAACUUGUGUUGUGGAGAGGGUUCUAACCCAGUGUGAGCAUCUUGUACCUUUGGAGAUGCCAGAGACAAUAUGCGGUUGUCUGCAAGGCAAGGGCGAUAUGAUCUCAGAUUGCCUCAGAUUAGAUGCAAGGCAUGUGAAGCCACUUGGAGUCCUGGAGUGGAUGACCUGAUCCAUAAUGACUACUCGCCUGCCACUUCUCACCAUUCAACUGUGUACGCGACAGAUGUCCUUUUUUCUUUUGAAGAGCUGAAGAUGGCAGCACCAGGGAUGUCUAGCCAAGCAUUUCUUAGAAUUCUGGAUCAACGCACUGUUCGCUUUGGCCGUGUCAUUCUGAAGAUCUCAACUUCAACUCCAUUGGCUACAGACUUUGACAUCAUCUCCCCAAUAUCAUUUCCUUAUCCAGAAGUGUUCCCUUGGAUUAAUGGGCCAAACAUCCCCCAAAUACACCAGUGUAUAGUUGGUAACAUCACAGCAGACAAAAGCUUCUUGGAGUGGGAAGCUGUCCGAUUCGAAGUGGACAAAUUAUGCCAGGAGGACCACUUUGACUGCCCAGCGUGCAGCCCAGACAUGCUUGCAGUAUCUGUUGAUGGAAACCGCAAGCACUACAGAUUCAAAAGUGCAGCAAGAUCGGAGGAACAAGCCAUCUUUGAUGGCGUGUUCAUCGCGAAUGAUGAUGACGUCGCAAGAUUCGUGGACUAUGUCCAUACCUCAACCAGUCAUGUCUCUGGAAGAGGUGUCUGUGGAGGGCAGUGGUCAGCGGCGCGCAAAACGUCUCAGAAGUCCUCAGGAAAAACAGACGAGGAGGGCCUGGAACUCGCUGUAUGUCGUCAUGGGGUUCUCCUUCGUGCCCUUAAUAUGUUCAGGGGGGAGAUUUUUGCCUACCUCCUGUACCUCCAAAAGCAAAUGGCCUGUAAGCAAGUGACAUUUUUCACUAUGGAUGUGGCAUGCAAGUACUGGCCUUACCUCCGGAGAGUGACAGAGAAAUGCCCUGAGCUUCAGGAUCUCCUCACCAUGAGGCCAUUUCUUUCUGUUUUUCAUGCCAAAGCUCAUGAUUUCAAAUGUGAGGUAAAAUGGAGUGGAGCGUAUCAGGAGGGGGCUGGUUCGACUCUUGGGGAAGAGGUGGAGCAGUGCAACGCCUUCCUCUCAAGGAUUGCUGUUACCACAAAGCACAUGUCAAAAGCAGGACGCAUAGACAUGCUGACGGUCAUGGCCAUGCGCUGGAACCAACGAAAGUUUGACAACUUGGCUUCCGCCCUUGCCCGCCGAUAUCGGAAGGCCACAAUAGCCCUGCAAUGCCAGUUGCAUAACAUGGAGGCCAUGAAAAUGGAAAUGGACAUCACAGACAAUCAACUGGAGAGCUGGAUCAUUGAUAUCAAUGAGUGGGCAGAAGCAACAACAUCCCCAAACGAUGCUGAUCUUGCUGCUGUAGCCAGCCGAAUUGAGGAGCUGGUGGCAAAUGUUAAGAGGAGGUCCCAGCGUCUUUAUAAAGAUAAUGACGGAUGCAAAGGACGUGCCCGGAUCCGCCGAAAGAUCAGGGAGGGAAAAAAAUGUUUACUUUCUGUAGUGGAAAAGUAUAACACCUUGGUUCCUAAUGCAGAACAUCUGACCUUAGACACCAUUCUAUCUGACGAGAUUGUUUGGCCAUGGCAGCUUACACACGGUGACUCUGUAGAUCUAAGGACGAAGAGGAAGGCGUUCGACAUGGUGAUGGCAGUAAGGAGACUUGAGGAGGAGAAGAGGAUUCUUAUUGCAGAGAUGAACAAGCAUUGGAAGUCUCUUUGCACCCGUGCAGACACUCUGAAGCACAUGUCAUCCCGGCUUUCUAAUGUGACAUCAGGUGAGACGUGGGGCCUGCUUCAAGAUGGGAUCCAAGGUCUACAGAGCUUGACGAUGAAGAACAAACAAGCAAGCAACAGCCUGGCAAAGCAUGCAAAGAACUGUUAUGUUCAAGUUCUGACUGAAACAGAAAUUAACUUUGAUAGUGAUUCUGAGGAAUACCAUACCAGUAGUGACUCUGAGCACGAUUAAACAGUAUUUUCAUGGCCAGAGUCCUUUUUUAUGCUGUUGUGUGCUGGGGAGGCAGCAUUAAGAAGAGGGCUGUUGGGACAGGCUGGUAAGGAAAGCUGGCUCUGUGUUUGGCAUGGAGCUGGAGUUAAUCAUUUAACAAACCAAGGAUAAUUUGCAGAAGCAGUCUUCUGCAUGCUCAACAUUGAGGAGGUCCUUUGUCCCCAGGGCUAACCAGCAACUCAAUGUCACACAAAAGGGUAGGGGAGAAAUGGACUUUUCAGCAUGAGUCUCUCCCUGCCCAUCACAUCACUUUGUCUGUCUAUUGUCUAGUAUCCACUAUCCAUUUGACUCUCUUACAGGCUACAUUAGCCCCUCUACACAGUUUGGACUGUGGUCCCAUUAUUUACCCCUGUUGGCUUGUAUAAACUUUUUCUUUUGAAUUUAAUAUAAGUGUCUGUUCUACUUAUCUUAUCUACUUUGUAUUGUUUUUAAGCAAUCCUAUUAUGCUUACACUCUUGUUUUUUCCAUAGUCAUAUUUAACAACAUGCACAGCUUUGCACUAGGGCUGUGUGAUAUUGAAGAAAAGUUUGAUAAUUCACUAAAUGCGAUAUUCGAUAUGUGAUACGAUAAUGCUUAAAGUGUGUAAAAUAAACUUAAAUUAUCUUUAAAAUAUAUUUAAAAUUAUAUAACCUACAUGUGUUUCUUUUUAUGACAAGAAAACAUCCUUAUAACUUGUGAAAGUGAACAUCAGUGUUUUACUGUAGCAUAAGAAGUGUUAUUUUAACAUCAGUGUAAACCACAGGGUUUCAGGUUAUCCUACAUUAUUUAAUAAAAGAUACUGAAUCAUAAAAUGUAAAAAUAAAAUAUUGCUUAGUUUUCACUGUAUGAAUUAAAUAUAUCCUGAUACUUAUCAAAGCUACAAAACUUUGUCUUUUGUUCAUGACCCCAGUUAUUGCAAGCUGUUGCGUUAUGCAUAUUGCGAUAUACAGUAUACAUUUGGGAUAUUUCAAUAAUUUCGAUAUAUUGUGCAGCCCUACUUUGCACUGAUUAAAUCCCAGCACUGUUAACUUUUGCACUACCACCACUGCAAAUCACUCCAUAGCUGCCCAUCAUGUAUCACAGGGUCAGUCUCUACCAGGCCUUUGUAAUCACUUGACAUGCUCUUCACUUUUUGUAUUUGUCUGAGUGAUUUUUGUUGUGUGUCUGAGCUAUGUGUGUUGUUUUUGCGGUUGUACAAGCUAAU